UAUAAGCUGCAAAAUUUGUUCCAUUUAGAACACCAAACAAAUUACCAUGGACACAUUCAGAACGUUGUGGCUCUUAAUCGGACUGCUUGCAGUCUUCUUGGAAACUGGAGUCGAUUCGUUUAUUAACUUACCAUUCGAUAAAAAAGAAGCAUCGGAAAAAAAUGCGGUUCACAGUGUUACAACCACUCGUUCUGUGGUGAUUGAAAAAAAAUCCACAACUUUCAAGAAGAAAUGCUGGUCAGAUUUAAAAGAUGAAAAAGCAUUGAGUAUAAAUACAUUGGAGAUGUGUCAUAAAAAUGGUUAUAACGUAGAAGGCUUAUACGUCAUACCAGAAUUUUUGAAACUCCUUAAUUCAUUAAACCGUGAACAACGCAAUAUGGCUUCUAAAAUCAGUUAUCCCAGAGAUUACAGUUUGUCUAUCAAGAACAAUGACGAGUUUGAUAUUAUCAUAGUGGGUUGUGGGGCUGCAGGAUCGGUUUUGGCAGCUAAACUUAGUAACGAAAAGGACUUGAAUGUUUUGGUAUUGGAGGCCGGAGGUACGCCACUUAUGAAAUCUGAGAUACCCGGAUUAUGGGCCAGUUCGAUUCGUUCUGAGAUGGAUUGGAAAUAUACCGCACAAGAAGAUGAUACAUUUGGCCAGGGCUUAGAAAACAAACGUGUCAAUAUUAUUCGAGGAAAAUGCUUAGGAGGAACUACGGCAUUAAAUACAAUGUUGUAUGAUCGAGGUAUUGAAUCAGAUUAUACUAAAUUUGAAUCGGCAGGUUUAACCAAAUGGAGUUGGGAAGAUGUUUUGAAAUACUAUAAACGAUCUGAAGACUGUAAGUUCGAGGUAAUCACCAAACACGAAACCGUGAGUAAAUCACAUAGUGUUGGUGGUAAAAUGUCUGUAGAUUCCUUCCGUAACACAAGAACUGUUAAAAUCAGAGAAGUCUAUUCUAAGGCGUUAAAUUCGUUAAAUUAUAAUACAUUAGACUUUUUAUCUGUGAAGAACCACAAAGGUUUCGCUUCAUCUGUCGCUAUCGUUAAAGAUGGUUUCCGUGUCAACGCAGCGAAAGCCUUUUUGAAAAAUGCUAACAGAAAGUAUAACCUAAAAAUAUCAGCCAGGUCUUUAGUCAAAAGAGUAAUAUUUGAAGGCAAAAAAGCUGUAGGCGUAGAGUUUGAAAAUUCAGUUGGAGAACUAAUUCAAGUUAAAAGCAAGGAUUGCGUUAUAAUGAGUGCUGGUCCGAUAGGAUCUCCAAAACUACUCUUGCAGUCAGGUGUUGGCCCAAAGGCUUUACUCGAUACAUUGGGUAUUCCCGUGGUCGUGGAGAAUAAUAAUGUCGGUUUGAAUUUACAAGCGCAUCCAAAUUUCUUAGGUAUAGUUGUUAAAUUUGAAAUACCGCCGAUUAAGUCAUAUUCUAUCAGUGAAAUGGUCUUUGAAUACAUAAUGAAGCAUACUGGACCAUUAGCCACAAUAGGGAUGUGCAGUUUUACCGGUUUUAUAGAUAUCGAUGGUAAUGGUAUUCCRGAUAUUCAAAUAUUCUUUUACUAUUACUCUCAGGAUGAUACUAUAUUCAUGCCUUCGCAAUUGGACGCUUUUAACUUUAACGAUAACAUUACGGACCAGAUAAUCGACAUUAAUGAUGAAAACGAUGUUAAAAUUAUCGGUAUUUCACUGCUUCGUCCGAAAAAUACUGGUAAAGUGACUAUAAAUAAGACUUGUGGUGGUGACGAAUAUGAACCAAUUACAGAAUUUGGCUCUUUGGACAACGAAGAUGUUGAAACUCUAUUGAAAGCUAUUCAAUGGGUAAAAAAGCUUGUACAAUCAGAAGCGUUUAAACAAUAUGGACCACAAAUCGUACCUUUAAAAUUCGAGGGUGGCCCAGAGCCGAAUGUGGACAGUGAUGAAUAUUGGAAAUAUGCCAUCAAACAAUUAACGAUAAUGAAUAUUCAGAUGACUGGUACAUGCUCCAUGGCAACAGAACCUUCAAAAGGCGUUGUUGACGAAGACCUUGGGGUCUUUGAUACCGACGGCUUGAUGGUCGUGGAUUCUUCUGCACUUCCAAUAAUGUUCAGUGCUGAAAGUUGUGCUCCGACCAUUAUGGUCGCAGAGAAAGCUUCUGAUAUCAUAAAGAAAAAAUUGGGAUGCGAUGAUGAYGAAGAAAACGAAUAACCAUCAAAUGAUAAUUCUGAAUAAAAUUACCUACCAACCUUUAUAAAAUAUACUUUAAAGUCAAACGAGAGAACUUGAUUCCUAAUGAGUAUUGUAAUAAAUGUUAAUAAAAUGCAAUUGCAGUUAAUGUUAUAUAGUGAGAAUAUUAAAUAUCAUAUUGUACCAAUUAUA